AUGGAACCAUCAAUAAUUGGCUUAAGUGUAUUCAUGCUAAUGCAGAAGAACUGCUUAGUGACAAAAAGCGAAAAACAUUUCCCGUGUUUAACUCUGCAUGACAAAUUCACAUUCCUAGAAACUUUCAGAGAUCCAAGUUCUCUAAAAAAGCAAAAUGAAACACGCGCAAUUUUUUCUGAAGAAUGCUACGCCUCGACUGAUGAAUUGGCCUCUCAAACAAGUAAAGAAAUUGAGGAAACCUAUGAAGAAAAAGAUAUUAACGAGCAGUGUACUGCUACUACCCAAGACACUUUAUUAAGCGCACGGACAAAAUAUCUCUGUUCUAUGCAACAGUCCGUGUCAGCAAUUGCUUCUAAGAAUAUGAAAUCCAGUCAGCAAAGCAAAAACACUAUAACAACCAGCUCAAACGAAACUCAGGAAAAUCUAUCUUUCGAUUUAAAAUCCAGUGAUAAUAGACAAAAAAGACAAACUGAAAUAAAAACCAUACCAAACCAUAUAACUCCCUCUAACAGUUUCAUAAAAAAGGGCUCGCCAUUUGUCCCACCCAAGACUUUGACGAAAACUACUGCAAAAGCUGCAAGGAUUGAAAAAAAAUCUGAAACUGCCUCUGCGACUAAAGAAGACCCCAAAAGUCAAAAGAUCAUUAGAAAGUACAAGCCCGUAGAAGCAGAAUAUGAGCUGAUGAAUUCUUCUGGACCAAAAGAAGGACAAAAGGUUCAGCAUAAAUUACAGAAGAGUGUAAAAAAAGCUGUGCCGUCACAAAAUUUCUCGCAUUACACUUCAAAUGAUUUAUUACAACCUGCUCCCAAUUUUUACUCGGAUGAGUCUCAAAAAAAGGAAAUAAUUCUUGAGUGUCCUGAUACAGAAAUCUGUAACAGAGGGGAAGAAAUGAGAAAAGCAACUUAUUCAGUAACCCGAAACUUAAAACAGAAUUACAUGGAUCACGCCACUAAUAACUUCGAUAAAUCUGGCGAAAGUGGUUUGCUCAAAGCAGAACACUCAAAGACAAGGGUAGAGACAAGAGACGUCAAUUUGGCCUGCAACGAGUAUCGAAAGCAGGGAGAGCCAUAUUCUAAUGCUGGACGUUCAGCCCGAACUCAUUCAGAUAAGAGAGACAUAUUUUCUGAAGAGCAGUUGGAAGCGUGUAAACCAACACAAGAUAAUUACAAAAAGAAAACAGAAUCAAAGUAUGACGAGGAAAAAUCGUGUUUUACUGAAAUAACUUCAUCAUUCCAAGUUGCAGCUGUCCCGCAGACACUAGUUUAUUUGCAGAGUCAGGAAAAAAAUGGCGAAGCAUCGGAAAGGGAUGAAGGAACUGCAAAACAUAACAGAUUUCCUCAGUCAUUUAUGUUAAAAGAAAAUGACAAAACUGCUUGUAGAGGAGAACACCAAACUGAGGCACACUUUGGAAAUUCCAGCAGAAUGCGCGCAAUCAACUUCCUCGACGCCCUGGAAAUUCCUAGAAUCAGGGAGCUGAACAAAGUGCAACAAGUACCUCAAGAAGACAACCAGAGCAACAACGGAAAACAGUUACUAAAGAAAAGUAGGGAGAAAGGUGGUUAUAGCAAAAAAAAUAGUGUAGCGAAGUCAACUGUAGAAGCGGCUAAGAGUGGAUCACCCACAAACAAAUACGAAGAACGUGCGAAAAACAUAAACCGAGAGGCAAUGACCAUUUCAAACGGCGAAACGAACAACGAACACCAGGACAAAAAAGCAAUUCCAGAAACAACAGGAAUGAAAAACAGUGUUAGCGGUGAACUUAGUCAGGGUUUAAAGGCAGAUAAAAGCGGAAAACCUGGAAAUAAUGAAUCAUCAGAAGGCAACGACGUUUAUAUUUCACGAAACCACAUACCAUUUCCUAUUCCCAGAGAAACAUAUCUGAUUAAGCUGGCAGGUAAAGAUCACCUGAAAAAAGAGUCCGCCAAUGACCCACCUAACUCUCAUUUUGUGCAGGAAUCGAAUCAUUUAUCAACAGCAAGUGGAGAAGGAAAAAACAAUACUCGCGCACUGAACAUUGCCAACGAAGAAGGCCAAACGGCAGACUUUACCAGGCGUCAAGCAAAUGACGCACCGACAAAAAACCAGACAACUCUCAAAAAAAACAGAUUCUCACUGCUAAAGCAGAGAAAAUUCGACAGCACAGCGGAGCCAUUUCAAACCAAUAAUAACAUUAUUAGCAGUGACAUACAAAAAGUUUUAAAGGAACCCAACUCCACAACAAGUCACAAUGUAGAAGAAAAAUUGGAAGACGAAAAGGAAUUUUCAACAACAAAUAGCAAAAAGCUAUCGACAGAAACAAAAAGCACCCAGAAUGAAAAAAGAGAAGAAAUGCUUUCCAUACUGGACGCUCAAAAAAAUAAAUUGCCCACACAGGAAGUCACGGCAUUUUCCAAACUGCAAGUUGGAGAGAAAACAGAAACACUACCUGAAAUGAGCCAAAGAAAUCAAUUAGAACUGUACGAAUUUCACGCUGGGGAGAUAUCGGUCAACCAGUCGAAAGAGCAGUUUUUACAGGAGACAGAUAAGGAGACAACGUGUAAUCAAAAAUACAAAAACAAGAUCUCUACUAAAAACCAAAUUCCUGUCGCAGAAACAAUAUCUCAUUUAGAUGCUCAAAGAACUUCCAAAAAGCAAGUUUCUUGGCGAGCCUCAUCCGAACCAUCAUCUCCCCCAGCUGCAGAAAAACAAAUUACAGAAGUACAACGGCCCCACAUAAAGGAACUGAAAAGCAGCGGAAAGCAAAAAGAAGUAUUCUCCCAAACAAUGGCUUCAGUCGGAGAAAACGAUGAUAUAGUUUCAAAAAAAAAUAACGAAGGUCAUCCGAAGCUGACAAAAAGCGCUCAACAACCUAGCCAAAAAAGUGAGCCUAAAUACGGAACACUUCAUGUUACACCAGAAAUAAAUCAACCCCCCGCUCAAAAAAACAUCCCUCACUCCUUCAACGAUAAAGCUAACAAGCGAAUUGCUGUAAAAAGCGGUAUUUCUCCAGAUGUUCAAAAAGAUGGCUCAAACCAAUAUGUAAACGACGUCGUAAACUCUUGUACCGUCAAUGAUCUAACAGAACUUAUCUUUUUCAUGUUUCCCUCCAAAGAACCAGAAAUGACAGGCGCUCAGUUGCCUACUACCGAGACUACAAACGCAAUAAGAGCGCCAGAAAAAAAUACUGUUGAAGAAUACUUUAUGAAAACACUCUCAGAAAUAAAAGAAAUUAAGCCCGAAGAAACAAAAACAAAAGAGCCACAAAGCGAUCAAAAACUAAUUACUUCUGAGCAAAAAGACAGGUUUAUAUCCGCUCCAGGAAAAAACCCUCCUGAGAAAUGUGAAAAGAAAAAAAUAAGGAAAAGCUUCCCUUCCCAGAAACCACAGAGAACAAGCUUCAAAAAUACCUUUGACAGUCAGGGCGAUGAUGCUGAAGAGAGAGAAAUUAAAGAAAAUAAUCCCAUGAUCUUAAAAACCGCCCAACAAACCUUCCUGUUUCAAAAACUUCCCGAGGAGAUGAACACUUCACAAGCAAAGCAAAAAAAAGCAUGUAUCAAAGCGAAAAUUUUGACACCUCACUCAAUGAAAAUCAUUUCGCACACUGCCCCUAAAAUGCACAUUACUUCAAAAGAUAGUGCGAUAACAAAAUUCAACUCUAACCAAACUGAAAAAGAAUUAGACAGCUGUUGCAGGAUAAAAUCUGAAAUUACGUUCACCGAAAGCUUUUCUUGCAAAAGAAGUGACGACUUGGAAGCGGAGCUCGUCAUCGUAAGCCCAAGGCACCAACCACCUAUGGCAUACCUGAUUACGGCAAGUUUGGAGAUUCCGAAAAACCUUGUAAUGGAUAAAUGCGAACAGAAAAACUACAAGAAUCAGUUAAGUUCAGUGAGCACCGCUGAACAGCAACCUAAUGAAAAGCCAAAAGAGCUAGAGUUAGUCAGUAAUGGACCUCCAUCACCUCCGAUCCAUAUGCUUCCUUUCAAUGUCACAUCCCCCGAACAAACAGACAUUGACCGUCCCACACACACCAGCGAAAUACUGUUGGUAAGGCGAAAACAAAUUCGCCAAAAUCGCACCACUUCAACAGACGGGGAACCUACCACAGAAAGCUUAGAGCAGAAAUAUGCUAGAACCAAGCCUCAAACUUCGAACCAUCACGGAACUAACCAAACACUUUUCAACUCCUCGCUCCAACAGGAAAAUCAAGAGGAAGCGGAACAACAACUAAAUCUGAAGCUUAGUUUAAGUCAACCAAAUGCAGCCGAACUUUGUGACACAGUCGGAAACCUAAAUGGACCAGCGGACAAAGAAAAUGAAACUCCAUUAGCAGAAAAACGUAUGACAUCAAGCUGGAACAAGAUCCAGACAGAAAAAACAAACCAUACCGCAAUGCCGCAAAAAGAGCAGCAGUUAAAGCCAACGUGUACUCAAGCAGAACAAAUCACAAAACCACCAAUACCUGGACCUUCUUUCACGGAAAAACGCCCAGAACACCAGCAAACAAGUUAUCUGACCCAAUCGCAACAAACAAUGCUUCCUCCUAAGAAUUUUCCAGGCAAUUUAAAUAGCCUUGAAAAAACGGCAGCAGAAGCAAUUUUGCCAUUAAUAGCGACCGUAAAAGAUGACACGACUAAAUCGUCAGUCGAUAAAAUAUCGAAAAAAGAAAAACACGACAAGAAUUACUUAAAGAAUAAAGAACGAAGAAUGACUGAAAAACUAGUUUCCAUAUCACAUAUUGUAGAAAACUUGUUGGAAUCGAACGGUGAAAAAAACGACGAAAUAAAUCAACAUAAGCCAAUCUCCAGCAUCACUAAACAAACGCUAACUAAAAAAUCACUUCCCAAACAACAACUUACACCUCCCUCCUCAGCAGAACAAAAGGAAGGAAAAGCUAAACUCUACCUUCUCGAAAAUCACCCGCAAAAUUUGAAAGAAGGGAGUAAUGAGACAUCACAACGUACUCAACAUUCUAAAUUUUCCCUACCAAAAGGCGCUGAUGUAAUUUCAAAACCCGUACAGGUGAAGAGCAAAGCACCUGAUUAUCCAAACGAAUCACUUUUAAUCGAAAAACGGACUGUGGUCGCAAUGGAAAUGCCUUCAGAAAAAGAAGCUCCGAUUUCAAAAAACAACAAUCAAAAGUCCCCUUCCGAAAGUAAUCCUGAAGGACAUGAACAGGCAGAAACCAAGAAACAAACGGUAAAAAAAAGGAAAGAGGAUAAACCAUUUUAUACAGCAAAAUCGGCCGAUGACGAAAACAGACCCAUGCAGAAUGAAAAUAUCCGGCGAGAUAAAAUUAACAGCGCCGAAGGGCUCUCCAGAACAACUCUACACUAUCAGGAUUUGAUCUCUGAAGAAAACAACUCUUCCGCAACACCUAUCUCAAUGAACCUGGAACAAAGCAACGCAAAAAAACUUCCAAAUGACGGCACGAUUCUAAAGACCACAUAUAAGAGCUGCAAAAAACACGAGUCUUUGAUGUCAGGAAAUAGAGGGAAAGCAACGUUACUCCACCCAAUAAUACGCGACAAAAACGAACCCAUCGACUUCACUACGCCAGACUAUAAGAACCUGCUACAAAGCCAAAACGCAGAAGAAAAAUUAAACUCCUCUGUCGCACAAGAAAUAAGCAGUGACCAUGACCAUACCACGCAGAAAACUGUCGAGGAAGAAUUAGAACUGAAAAAAACAAAAGUUUUAAUAAAAACUAAAAAUUUCAAAUCCAAUCUGGAACAAAUACAAAAUAACGUGACUGAAGCCACAAAUAAUGCAAAAACACCUAAGACGAACGAAAAAUUAAUCAGUGAUGUUACAUGCAACCAAACAUCGGCUGAGAAACAAGAAGACUCACCCUUAACAUUUACAGCAGAAACCAAGAAGGAAAAAAAUGUAAAAGAAGUUAAACCAAGACGAAAUAUUCAAAUAGAGGAAGCAAGCAGAGAACUGUGCAUCCAGUCAGACGCAAAAAAACAAAAAGAAAAAAUUAUGGAUGAGGGCCUAAAAAAUUUUACACUUUGCUCCACAUAUAUUAAAGAAACGACUAAGAAUGAAUUACAAAUUGCGAAAAAAUUACAGAAACUGGACGGACAAGUAGAACUCGCGAAACCAGCCAAAGUAGAAACUUCUAAUGCAAUUAUGACACCGGGAAACACAGUAAUCGCUAAAGUUCACGACGAAAGACAAGAGCAGUCAGGAAAGGUGGGUGAAACAUCUUAUUCUUCCUCACAACAGGAAAGAGAACAGUCAAACAAAGCAAGCCUUUAUGAAACUGAAGAAAUGCAAAACCGUAUGAGAGCUUCAAAAGCUGUUCCACACGAGAGCGUCGAAAGCAAUAAAAAAAUAAAAUACUCAGAAACAUCACUAUCAAAAAUUGAAGGUGCAAAAUCUGAUAAGCCAAAUGAAAUCUUUACCUCUACUAACGCCGAAUCAUCAGAAAUAAUCACAAUUGGAGUAAACAAUCAGCACCAUGCAGCUGAGGAAAAAGAAGCUACAAACGAAGUAAAAUCUACCCCACCGUUUGCCCCUCAAAAACAAACCGCUGCCGACAUCCUCACACAGGAAGCAAAUAGUCAAGUAAGUACAAGGGACAUCGCAAACAUAAGUAAACAGCAUUCAACAAGACCUGAAGCAGCCUCCAAACAUCUAUUAAACACAGCAGGUAACAUGAGCAAGCAGAAGGACUGUGCAGAGCUAAUAGAAUCAACUCCGUCAUCUAAGUCUAUAAGCAACAGAAGAAAUGAAGUCGCUAAAGAAGUUAUUAGAGAACAAGAAGACUUAGAAAGAUCUGCAAAAUCAAUCCCAUCCCUUCCUAUUCAAAAAAACAAAAAUAAUACCAGUGAAACCUUUGAAAAGCCAAAAAAAGCAACACAAGUAUUGCAUAACUUAAGAACUCCCGAACACAUGCAAGAUCAGUUAAUGAACACAUCAAAUAACGCAACAAAGAAAGUACACUUCACUCACAAAAAGAACACUAUUACUGAACCAGAACCAAAUAUUGCUGGACAAAGAGAAAAAAAUAUACAAGUAGGUGGAGAAGAUAAGCACCCUGCAAAACAACCAAAAAAAGCACAGAUUUCAAGCAACUUAGGCGAAAACGAAAAUUCUCUCGUAGUCGCAGGGUUAACUGAAUCAAGAUCGACCAAUAAAGAAGUCAACUACGUUACAGGUAUCAUAACCGAAAGAAAUCAAGAGAAAUUAAAUGCUUCACCCCAGAUAAUUGAGAAAAAUAAAACCGGUACCAACUUUGCAACGAACAUCUCGGAGAGAAAAAAACAAGGACGACCGAACGCAAAAAAUGCUGACCAAAACUCAACUUUCCUUACAGAUGAACGAAUAAACGGAACGAAAAAAGUUCUUGAACCAGAAGCUAAAACAGAAGAAACUGAAGAACCGCCAGACUUUAAUAAACUACAGAGUGUGAAUUCUGCACCUAAUAUUUCAAACAAAGCAGAGAUCUUCAAUGAGACAGAAACCGUCGAUGACAAAGAGGUAAAAAGUGUUCCGAAGGGAAGUACCUUAAAACUAGACGAGGUAACUAAGACUAAAACUCAAAUAAGCAAGCAUAAACUUGAACUGGAAAAACAAAGUUUGGAAGAAGAUAUGGACGGUAAGGUAAACUUAACUCCCGAACUCACGAAAAUAAAGCAGUCAAAACUCCUAGACGCAAAGAAAAGGGAUAAAACUGUGGAACCUAUAGAACCAGCAACAGUGAUCGCGUCAUUUGACUUACAUAAUCACAUGGAAUGCGACUACGCGAUCUGCAUCAAUGAAAAAGAAGACUCAGCAGCUAAAAAGAUAAAAAUAGUUGAUAAGAUGGGAAAUCUUGCCUUGACAUCUGUCGAAGAGUAUUCAAAACACGUAAGAAAGGUCAAACGAGCUACAGAUGUACAGCUAUUACAGCGUACCACAAAAAAGUCGCUGUCGAAAGAGGAGACCAUAAGUACUCAGCAUGAAGCGGGAAAACCAAAUAGAUCAACCAAUAUUGAAGAAUUAUUAGACGCAACUAACACCCCAAACGCACCAGAACAACUAACGAGUGAGACGAUAGAAAGCAGAACAAAGGACAAUCUAGUGAAAACAACAAAGGAUGCUGAAUUAGCACUUCCAUCAAACGAAGAACCUUUUUCUCCAUCCACUCUAAAAGGACUACUAAAAGAAAAAAGUAGCGAAUUUCCGCACCCCGUCAAAGAGCACCAGUUAAAACCCGACGCUGAUGAACUGCUAACCAUACCGAGGCAUCCCACCAAGGUAGAAAAGUCAAAUGAAGCUCUUAAGACAGAAGAACAACAUGUUACAAAGGAUUUACACACAUCAGGUAAUACUGAGAACGACACAGCGGAGGACACAGUGAAACAAAAGAUGAACACAAGCGGGGCUGCCAAAAAUACGUCUGCUUCGCAAAAGCAGAUUGGUUCCACAAUUGUUCUAAACAAAUCAGUGCAGAAAGAACAAAGAGACGUGAUUUUAAAACAUUCGCAGCAGCAACAUGUACUGUCUGUAGCUAAACAAUUGUCAGCAGCAGGGAAGACGAUGAAGAUAUCUAACAAUAAAGAAAAAUUGAAUGAAGUUGUCAGUGCUGAAAGAUCAUCAAGGCAGGAGAAAACAGAAACUGCUCCAAUCAAUCCAACACUAGAAGAUGAAACUGGUAUGGUUAUCUCUCUGCACAAGCCAUUCGGUGAAGAGCAAAAAUAUGAGGUUGCAAAAGAUGUUAACCGACAGAAUGCGACGCUUAUAAAAAAAUCGUCCUGCACGGGCAAGAAGUCAAGCGUCCAUGAAGAGUCAGAAGAAUCAGGUGAAACUGUUAUGACUUUAGAAUUACUGAAUACAAUGGCCAGCUCAAAUGAACGCGGCAGAGUAAAGAACAGCAUAGUAGGCGGCGAAGAACAAAGAAGCGUAGAAAAAAGAAUAAACCCUUCCCAAUCUUGUUCCCCUCACAAAGAAGAAACCAACGCUGUAAUCGGUUUCAGAAAACCAGAGCCGAAGGAAGAUGAAGUCGUAAAAGAUUUUAAGCAGCAAAAUUUACUGUUUAUCACUAAAAAAGUGCUGAUUUCGCUUGAAAUGAAAUUUCUUGAAGGCACAGGAAAAUUAGACAAAAGUGUUAAAAGUGAUGCAGAACGUAAUACAGCAGGUAAUAAAACAAAAGUGAAGACAGAAAAAGGACCAAAAGCUUUCACGCCCGUUCCUGAACGGAAACAAGAAAGAUUUGCUGCAGAUGCGUUAAAUGAAGCAACGCAAGAAUGGCAAAAAGAUGAAGCCUUAAAAGAUACGGAGCAGCAGCAAGCAGUCCUUUUUGCUAAAAACACGCUGAAUGAAACCAAAGAAAAGAGAGUCCUUAACUUUGAGACGUCAUACAGAACAGAUGAAAGUCUUCAGGUUCACAAACCACAAGAAACUACUGCCGUAAUUGCUCUAAAUAAACUACUGCAAGAGGAAACAGGUAACGUCAUAAGAGGUGCGGAGCAGGAGCGACUGCCUUUCAUUCAAAAACAGGAACUUCUACACAGAGAAGCGAUAAUACCUGCAAGUUUUCCAGGACCACAUCAAGCUCUCAAAAAACAAGACUUAUCAAACGCGGCUGAAAAUCUGCAUAUAAAAGAAGGCACAAGAAGUAAUGACGCAAACGGCACAACAAAACCGAGAGUAAGAAAAACAGGAAAGUUUGAUCCGGUCGCUUCCAAACUAGAAAAGGAAACUGUUACGUUAAUCGUUCUAGAUAAACCAGUCCACGAAGAACGAGACGAGGUUGUAAUAUCUGCGAAACAGCAGAAUGUACUGUCGAUCGCUGAGAAAUUGCCGGUUACACAAAAAAGAAUUAAGGUUCUUAAGGAUGUGGUGAAAUCAAAUAGAGCUCUCAAAUUUGAAACUCUAUUGAAUGCCACCAAUGGUCCGUGCGUAAUCGUACUGGAGAAGGAUGUGGCGGAUACAGAAAUACAAUGGAUGACGAAAGAACCUAGAAGAAUCGGUUUUUCCACUUCUUCGCCGAGAAAUGAAAUUACUAUGACGGUCCUUCUAAAUAAGCCACUGUGGGAGGAAGGAGAUGAGGUAAUCAAAGGAAAGGAGCAUCAAGAAGCGACGCUUACUGUUAAAUUCCCCAACGGACAAGUGGAAAAGUCACGUAUAACUAUUGAAAGUGCAGAUGCCAUAUCUCACGAACUAGACGGGAUACGAAGUGACACGACAUACAAGAAAAGAAAAGAGCCAAAAACAAGACUCCCACCUACUUUUCCCUUGAUGAUGAAUACUACUUAUGUAACUGCGGGAAAUAAAACGCUACCGAAAACCGAACAGGGUGACUUUACAGGAAAUGAAAUACAGGAACUGGCUCCUGUUAACAUUAAAAGAUCACCUAUGAACAAGAAAAGUAUAAUUUUUAAUGAAGAGAGGUCAGACGAACCAUGUGAAAAGCUUGGACUUACGGCUGCGAAUUUGCAAACACUAAAAACGGUAGACGAUUCCCGAGUAGAAGGUGGAACUGCAGAGGAACCACAAAAAACAGUAAUUCCUACGAGUCCUGUUCCAACUGUCAACGAGGAAUCUGCUGUUGUAGUUAUCUUGAAUAAACCAACGAGAACAGAGGAAAGAUGUAAGCUCAUGCAAGUCUUCCUGCGACAGCAAGUAAUCUUUAUCGUCAAAAAGCAGCCAUCUAAAAACAAAGGAGCAAGAACUGUUGAAAUAAACAAAGCUACUGAAACCGAAGUGAAACAAAAUGAAAGUGAAAACUUGCGUACACUAAAAAACAAAAAAAGUAGGACAACAAAUUGCACAGAAGAGACGCUGAAAAAAACAGGGAAUGCCAGUUUGUCUAUUUCUAUCCCAAAAAAGGAAAUUUUUGCUGUAAUCGCAUUAAACAAAGUGAUACAAAAAGGGCGAAAUGAUAAAGUGAUAAGAGAAGUGGAAAAAAAGCAAUUGCUUUUCACGGUCGAGAGGCUGCCGUCUGAACAAAAAAAUGCGACAGUUUUUAGCAGAAAGGAAAAGUUAGAAGAACCGGGCACAAUUAAAGAACCAUCGAAUGUGAUAAUCAAAGAGAAGAUAGAAAAAACCGCACAGGUCCCGCCGCCUAAUUGCAAUGCCAAGGAAAAAACUGCUGCUGUAAUUAUACCAAGCAAAUCACUGGAGUGUGCAAAGGAGGUUGGGAAUGUCCAAAGUGUGGGUUGCGAGCGGGCGAUGCUUACCGCUGAGAAGAUGCUAUCUCCCUACAAAAGAAAGAAGGUCCUCAAUAAUGUGGGAAAAUCACAUGAAGUCCUUAAAACUGAAGAGUUUAAGGACGCAAGUGGAAACUGGCACUUAAUACGCGAGCCAAGAAAAGACGAUGUAGAGGGUAAAGCUAAAGAGAUACCGCUAGAGAAAGGAGAAAAUGUUUUUCCAUCUACUUCAGUUAUGAAACAUGGAGCUGUUUUUAUGUUCUCUCUAAAUAAACCGCUGCAGAAGGAAAAAGUGGAUGAUUUCUUCAAACGCGCAGAUUGGCGGGGAGCACAGUUUACAGCUAAAAAAGCCCCGCCUAUAAAAAAAGGAAUGGAAGCCACCAAAGACAAGGAAAAAUUAGAUGAAGCUCCUAAUGAAGUAAAACGUGCAACUGCAAAAUCGAGAAUAUGGAGCGAGGUGGUAAGUGACGGAGAAGACGGCAAGAAAGCGUUUAAUGAGUUGAAAGUACCAAAAAGACCUCCGAUCCUUUCAGAUUCAUCAGGUACAACAUUUCCGCUUGAAAGCACUGAUAAAAAGACUUUUAACACUGUAGACGAAUCAAGCGGACAAAAAACAGCCAGCACUACGGCAAAAACAGUAUCUGGCCAGCGUAGUGGAAAAGCGGAGGGGAGAGAUCAAGAUGUUACGAAAGCGGUAGAAAAAAAGGAGAAAAGCAUAGAGGGUGAUGGAUCAAAAGUGCGUCUUCAGGAGUAUAACUCAAUGAAAACGUUAGAAAUGGUCAAAGAACAGGAAACACCAAAUAAACUAGGCAGAAGUGACAGGAUUUCGGGAUCUGAUGAGCCAGCUAUCAUAACCGUACUUUGCGAUGUCUCGAGGAAAAGGGCUACUGAAUACGCUUUGGAUUUUAUUUUAAAAUAUUUGGAAACACGAAGUGCGACAGAAGCAGUCGAGAAGCCCAUUAAUCAAUUAGAAAAAAGCAACUCUGGUGCUGCCGCUGUUGUGCUAGAACAAGACCAACAAGUGGAAGCGAUAUCAGAAAAUCUUCAGCAGAAGGAAUCAAGCCAGUUAAUAAAGACACAGGAGGAAAAUCUGGAAAAAGCUGAUAGAGAUUUGAAUCCGGCAAAACUACAUUCUGGCAGGACCAGUAAAAAGGGCAAAAAUCUUGCCAGCAACGUUCCAGAACAAAAAAACCAAGAAAAUAGAGCAGAGGAAGAUGUUGAGCAGAGCCAGAGAAACUUUAAAUCAUUCAAACCAACAGAAUUAGAAAUUCGGAAGAAAGCGAAAGACUAUGAUGAGCCGCCAGAGACCUUAAAACUGCAAAAUGUGACUUUUUUUGUCGAAUACUUCAAAAAAGUAGACAGCGACUGCAAUACGGAAAUUACAAGAAUAGAGAAGAAUGUACUUACACAGAAAUUAGUUCACUCUGCGCUUAACAGAAAAAGAGAUAAUGCUAAAUACGAUAUCAGCACGUUGGAAGGGAAUGAAGAAAACCGAAGUUUGCAAGACCUCAUACUUGAGGAAGAGAAGUUUUUGGGUAGAAAAGAACGAGUCAAAACUGAGAAAAAGAAAACACUUAAAGACCCAUUAAAACUAAGCAAGCUUUUGGAAGACGCACAAGUAGCGGAUGUUGAAUUCUCUUGUAAUCCCUUGAAUAACAACAGUAAUGAGACUGCGAAAAAGAUUAUUGAAAAGGAAAUUACUGAAACGCUGACGAAGACAAUUCAUACCCUUCCUGGUCAAAUAACAGACGCUACUGACCAUUCUGCUGCGGUAAAUGGAAGUGGGGAGAACGAAUAUUCAGAGAACGUUGAAAGAUUUCUACAAAAUAUUCAACGUCAAAUUUUUGGAGUCCAAACAGAAGAAAAUAAAAAGGUCUUGAACACGCAUAAACAACCUCUUGAGUCAUUAGAAAAGCCAAAUGCAUUUAACGUGAUUGAAGUUGCUGCUAAUAAAACUGCAAAUAAUGCCAGAAAAGGAGAAAUAGCAAAAUUUCGUAGUUGGAGACCCGAAAUUACCGUUGACCUUGACAUGAAGAAACCAGAAGAAAACUGGCACGAAAUAAAUAUGGGAAAAGUUACUGUACACGACCUAAAACUCAAAUCUCAAGAAGUGAUUUUUGUAUCACUGAAUAGAUUAACUAAGAACGACCGGAAGCAGCAAGAAGUACGAAAUGAUCAACACAAUAAUGUCCAGUUCAUGGCUUUGACGAACCAAGUAACAAAAAAACCAACCGAAACUCUGGACAUGAGUGAAGCGAGGGAUAAAACCACAAACUUUAUGGAAUCAACAGAAGUAGAGUUAUCUUUUGAGAAUACAGGCAAGUCAUGCAAGCACUGUGUCACAGACAAGGUUGUGUCAGCAGAAAGGAGAAAGCUAGCACAUUCAGUUCCAUCAGAAAACAAGCGGGUAGAAGAAAUAUACGUUUGUCUCACUGUGAUCAGAAAGGAAAAAGAGCAACGUUUUCGAGUACUGGAAGAAGUUACGCUUGAGCAAGCGCACUACACUGGUGGAAUAGUGCAAAAAACAAAGAAAGAUUUGACUGUUUUACCUAAAACAACGAAUAAUGAUCAAGAUUUUAAUAAAGUCAGCACCGCUGAUAGUGUACAGAAGACUACGACAAUCGAAGAACAUAAUCAUAACUUUCUGGAACAGUCAGAUGAUAAGAAAGAAAAAGCAGAAGACAUAGCUCCAAAACCUCCGGCCAAGACUGGAGAAGGAAACGAGCAUUUCGAUUUCGCCGAAAGGAAGAAAGUGGCAUUGUCGAGUAACGUCUUGGACAAAAAAAGAUUUGAGUUUAUUGUGGAAAGAGUUAAUAAUGAGAAGAAAGAAGAAUUCUCGCGAAGAAUAAUCCCGCCUGCCUUCAUUCCAGAAAGAGAUUCUAACUGUGAGUUAAAAAUACAGAAACUGGAAAAAAAUGAAGAAUUUUCAAGAACUUUUGCGGACUUCACAUGUGUCAGUGUAAGGCAUUAUGUGAAGUCACUGCAAAUAAAAAACAAACCGCAAAGUGUACUGAACAAACUAGGUGAAAAAGAAGGGCCAGUGAGUUUUUCUGGACUAAAAAAUGCAUUUUUUUUCCCUGGUAUUGUAAAACGGCAAGAACAUUAUCUUGAUUCAUCCAACAUUAUUAAUGGAGAAACAAUGGAAGCAGGAGGAAUGACAUUCCUGGUUGUGAACAGAACGGGAGAGAAAGAAGGAACGUUACAGGUGAUACAGAAGAUGGAAUACGAGCAAACAUGGUACACGAUUAAAACAAAACAGAAAUUAAAAAUGGAUGCAGACGCUUUUACUAUGACUGCAAAUCCAUAUAAAUUUCCAAAACCCGUGAAACUAAGAGACAUCGUUUUGUCUCCCGAUGUUUCCACCGGCAAAGAUGAAGAUUAUCCUAAAGUUGCUGCACGAGAAUAUAAGCAAGCUGAAGUAGUUAAAGGAAGCACUUUGGGAGAGGAAAUACAGAAACGGGAAUGUACUAUUGAUACACGAUUUCACAGAAAACAAGAAAAAGAAAUAGUUGAAGUUACACAGAAGACUACAAACGAUUUUGUGGCAGUCCUCGUUCGAAAAAAGGUUAGAGACGUGAGGAAGUCGAAAAACCUGGAGAAGGUAGGAAAUCUGAUUUCCCCCAAUGAUCCUAGAAAAACAGAGUGGGUGUCUUUGUUACAUAACAUUAGUGGUGCUAAAGACGACGAAUUCAUUACAGUCCCGGCUUUCUCAAAAAAAAAGGAAAGAAUCAGUGAUGAUAUUAGCUUGUAUAAAAAGGGAGAGAAAGAACGAGCAACUGAAAUUGUUGAUUAUUUCCCAGAAGAGUUCUUGCAGUUUGGGAUUAGAGCGGGAAAAAAAAUAAAUUGGCCAAUGAGAACUAGAGAGAAAAUUGGAAGAAUAAUAAAAAGUCAAAGAUCAAGAGACCCAAUUGAUGAAUCUUAUACCCUGAACCUCUCAAGAAAUGGUGCAGAAGAUUCUGCAACUGCGGUUAAUCAAAGCAAAAAGUGUUUAGACAGUGUAGAAAAAACAGUUGCACCUCUGUCCAAAAACACUGUAGGCAGAAACGUUUGUUUCAUACCCCAUACUUGUGAAAAGCCGAAAGAGACGACACUUAUAGAAAAGAAGACUCCAUGCCAACAAACGAAAAGGACCAAUAUCGCGGUUGACCUCCGCAUACAUAAACCUAGACAGGAAGAACAGCAUAUUAAAAUAAUGCGAGGAGUUAAGCAAGAUUCGGCAAAAAUCCCAAUUACGGCAACAUAUAGCUUGCGCAAGAAGAAAAAAAUAACGCAGAAGAGUUCCGAACUCGAGAAAUCGAGUUGUUUUGAAGUCUUGGCACCGUCGUGUGAAAUUCCUAAUAACGUAGAAGUAGCUUCUCCCUGUGAUUCUGUAGGAAAAGAUAUUGGAGAAACUUUAUGGAAAAUAUCUUCACCUUCCCUCUUGGAAAAAGGCAAGGUUAGCGUUGACGUCGCCAUCCAAAGAAUUACGCAAAAAGGUGAAGAACUAAAAGUCUUGGCGGAAGCUGUACAUAUCUGCGUGCGAUACCCCGCUAAAACAACCAAAAGUAUUCGCAAGGAUACAAAAGCAAUUGGUAUACUGGGGAAACGAAAACAGACAAAGGCACUCAUGAAGGCAACCGAGAUAAUUUUUUCCACUGGACUUCCAACAGAUUUUGAAAGAAGUUCCGUAAAAAAUAAACGUAAUUUAGCUUUAUGCAGCGAUAUGACUCCGUAUCUUAAAGCCUACGAGGUUUACUCUGUAAUAAUUGAAAAAAAGAGAGAGGAGAAAGCUCGCGCCACACAAAUUAUCAUUUUGGCUAAUUACAAGCCUCAAUACUCCUACACGAAAGUAAUACUAGCGCUGUGUAACCCCUUGCAAACCAGCAACACACCAAGUAAACACGACAAUGCGAUAAAGCUGGAGAGCCGAACGGAGGUAACUUCAAGUCACAAAAUAUUACGCGGAAGUAGCCACUUGACCGUUACAGUUUUGAAAGUUACAGCGAAAUUAGAAUGUGCAAAAAAGUUAAUUCCAUGUAUCCAGGUGAAGAAAAAGGAAAAUGAAGAUUUUUAUCAUUGUGAAGCUGAAUAUGACCACAAGGAGGAAGUUCUAUACAAGUCUAUAGAUCUUAACCGCUUUCAAAGAAAGCAGGUGGGAGACACAACAUUCGAGGUAGGCAGCCCGGUCACUGUAGUGGAAAAUGAGAAAUCUGGACGACCUAUGGAACUUGGGAUUUUUCAGGAUGAUAUGAACAAAAGAGGAGAAGAUUUCGUAGUUAUUAGAAAUGAAGAAAUACUAGAAAAGAGGAUAGGAAAGCCAACCCUGUCAAUACUUACGGAGAAUGAUGAAAACGACAAUAUUCCUCAAAAUGAGGUAAAGGAGAAGAGAAACCGAAAGGUAAAAAAUGAAGAAAUGGUAGCAGAAAUUUUCGUUGGCAUUGAAGUUCUGCAAGAGGAAUCGACCAAAGCUAUAGGAGUAAUUAAAAUGUUCCCUGUAAACCAUAAGCCAGAGGUCGUAAUUAACUUGAACGAAAUAACAGUAGAACCCCAGCUUGUUAUUAACAGAAAUACUACAUCUGAUACAGCCGUUUUUUUAAAUGAAAAUCAGAAAAAGACUGAUUGGGAGAUUGUCUCCACCGUCCCACUUUUUAAGAUGAAAUUUGCUGAAGACUCCGAAGCUGGGAAAACUCAAACGACUGACUCUAAAAUUCCUGAGCCUCCAGCACAAUUAACUAAUAAAGCAGCUUGUCCUAAAAUCAGCGCCACGGACGACUUUAAAAAUGCUGCGGUCAAGCGCCAGAUAGAGGGUAGAGUCUCAGAGGAAAUACCUUUAAUAACUGCAGAGCUGGACGAAGACCUUCUUGAAACUUAUAUUAAUAAAGCUGCAGAAGAAAUGCAAGCAGUAAAAAGCACAUCUAUUAUGGCAUUCGAAUCGGUUCAUUACACUUGUAUAGCAAAAAAGGUCCCUUUUGUAACAGUUGUGAAAGAGCUUGAACUUAAGUCAAACAACAAGUCCUUUCCUUCCAAGAAUUUUACCACCAAAGAAAAGCUGAUGAUAGAAUCAGAACUUAGGGAACUGGAACGGAAAAUUAUUUCUCAAAAAACUGUCCCACUGUUUGCAUUGCAGAAACGAAUAACUGAUGAUGAUUUCGGAGUCCACAAAACAACAAAAAUUAAAGAAAUCGUAAUUCUUGGCGAAGAACUUCAAAAGCAGGAAAAUGAAGAGAAAGGAAAAUACUCAACGAACAAGGUUGCUGAAAGAAAUAGCGAAUUGAAAGAUCAGCCAAAUACUGUCGCAACAGGCAGUCAGGACCAACGAGUCAUCAACCAGGAAGUAGAUGCGAUAGAUUUGCUUAACGAGGAGUAUUCAAAUGAGAAAAUCUCAGAAGAACAUUCACACAGAGGAAAAGCAAGGAAGAUGGUCGUUUCACGUAAACUUACAAAGCCCUUGCCAUUAAAAAUACAUGAAAGGAAACCACUGGGUAGCAACAUGCAAGAAUUUACUGAGGAAAGAGAAUCUGUUGGUGAAGAAAAUAUAACAGAAGACUUCCCACACGAGACAAAAGAAGUAUCUGAAGUCACAGAAUUGACUAGAAGAAGCGGAAAUAUUAUGGUCGGAAUCAUAAAAUUAGAACAACCGCAUAUCAGCGCACAGAAGUGCAUCGACCGUUGCAAAGUUUUCCCUCUGGAUCUUAACACCAACCAGUUGCAAAGUAGACCCGUCCAGUCCGCGCUCAGUCUUAAUCAAAAAAUUGCAGAUGCUGGAGAGGAUAGGUUAAUCUCAAAGACAGAAAUGGAGCCUGUGUUUGUUUCAGGACAGUCAUCUGCUGUGUCUGUUCCUAGGACAAUCAACAAUAUCAGCUGCAAUAUAGUUUUAAACAAAAAUAGUAGCCUCUUGAACGAAGUUGAGACAACAAAAGAAAAGGCAAUUGAAAUUGCACAGCUGUCAACUUUGAAAAUGAAACACUCUCCUGAACUGAUUACUUCGAACACGGUGUUAAGCGAUGGUAAUUCACAAAAACACAAGGCCUCAGCUAUGGAAGAAGUCGAUCUUACAUCGUUAGUUCCUCAAGCAUUUGCUGAAAAAGGGUUUACAAGCAAGCUUUCAACUGCUGCAGCUACAGAAACAGUGAGGAUGAAAAUAGUUUUAAUUAGAACACAAAAAACUUUAAGAUUCGGUGCUCAGGUAAAUAAAAAAGUAUUAAACAAUGAAUUCAAAACAAGUGGAGGCAUUCAAGCGUACAAAAAUUCAGAACUGUUGUCUAGUAAAAAUGAAGAACCAUUCAACGGAAGUGAAAAAUUUAGGCAACAAAUGUCCACUGAAAUCAUUUCUUCCGAGCAAUAUCAUUCACCAAAGAAAAAUAUUGAAAGCAACCCUUCUGGAAUCCAAACGUCAUUUUCAAAAGAUUUUUGUAAUGACAAACGCAGAGAAAUACAUGCUUCUUCGGCACCCCCUUGCAUGAAUACGGAAAAAAAAAAAGAAAGCGCUCUCAGGGAACAGCUAGGUAAAAAUGCUAUUUCUCAGCUUGGACAAAACCAUACAAUACGAGGAAUUGCACCGCAGCAGGAAGUUGUACAACUGUUACCCAAGCAUUUGAAAAAAGAGGCUUCGGCGCUAACAGAACCUAUCGGCAUUCGGAAAGGAAGAACAGAAUUAGAGAAGACUGAUAAUUAUAAAAACAAUCCACUAGAGCUGUCAGUAAAUGCGGAAUUAACUGUCCGGAAAAAGAAUGCAAAUUCAAAUGAAUUUUUAGUGAAAGAAAAGCUGUUUGAAGAAAACCGAAAAACGGUCUUUAUUUACAAAAAAAAACAGGUUGCUGGAGAGAGGUCCGAAGGAACUCUAGUGCCAGUUUGUAAUAAAACGCCACACCAAGGUGAAAGCAACCUAAGAGAAAAAAGAGGACUUCAUCCUGACACGUCAACAAAUGUAACCGAUGAAAUAGAACUAGUCAAGGAACCAAGAGAAGAAGAUUUAGAAAAACGGAUUAAACUCAAAAGGAAAUUUUAUGAGGAAGUAAGCAAAAAAGUUAGGAUCUCCUUGCGUUCUCAGUUAAACUUGAAUGCCUGCAAAAUAUCUUCCUUGACGGCAAGCGAGGUAGUGAAAUUCAUUGAUGAGAGAAAGAUUUCGGAAGGGAAAAGUGAGUUAAUGCAGGAAGAAAAACAAGCAACUUUAACACAGCGAGUUGUAAUGGAGAAUAAAAGAACUAAAAGCAAGCAGCAUCAAAGUAAAAACCUUGAAGGCAGCUUAGAAAAAGAGAUUUUUAUGGAAAUGCCUGACAAGAGGACUGAGGUACUGCAACUUUAUCAAAAUCGUAAACCUGCGACUUCGCUGUUAAGGACCGGAGUAGAAGUGAGCUUGGAGUUGCACAAAAACAGUACAACAGGGACAAACACAGAAAGUUACAUUCGUGAAAAUUGUGGAGUACUUGGAAGCUCCGAGAUUCUCCUUCAAGCAAAUGAAGGUUCAAAAUUCCUUAAUACAGCUAACCUUCUGAAAAGUGACAUUGGAAAGAAUCAUAAGAAAGAAGUCGACCAGCCGUUUAACCGAGGGAUCACAAGCAAAGAAUCUGGAAUAUUCUUCUCAGUAAAUGAGGACAUCCCACUGAAGCUGAAAGAAUCAACUCCGCAUCCAUCCUUAGCUAAACCAAACAAUCAUUCACUUACAGUUGCAAACAGCAUAGAAAGCUCUGUCGAUAAAAGUUUAGAUGACAGUGCAGUUUCAGGAGAGGAAAAACGUGAAGUCUGGCUCAAAAGAACUGGAGUACUUUUCAGCAAAUCUCAAAUUUCUGGGGAUGAGGCCCACGAAGCGGUGCCACUUUCAAACAAUAGGACACCGGAACUCGUCGUGGGUGAAGCAAAAGACAAAAACUCAUUUUUUUUGCAGACAGAUAUUAAGUUAGAUAGUGCUUCUUCCCUCUCCGUUAACUCUCUCAGAGCUGACAGCAGAUCACUCACAGAGUCAAAAACGAGUGAAAAUAAUGCUGCUAAAAAGAAAUUAGGUGUUUUACUAACCAACUGUAACAUUUUUGAAGAUAGUGGUAACAGAAAUGACUUGAAGAAAGCUUCAAUACCGUCCAUUUCUGCUCAGUCAAAAAGUUUGGAGGGAUAUAGUUCUACAAAAGAAAAAGUUGAUAAAGUAGUUUCAGAAAAGACAUCUGUUUGUGAAAUGAAUCUUUCGAUGGUUCUUCUACCAUCUGAGGAUAAAUAUGAAAGCACAGCACCACCAGAAUCAGCUGGCAGCGCGUCUUAUGAGGGCAGAUGCUUGGAUGAAGGUUCACAAAGUAACGAUAACAGCAAUAUAUUUGGAACAUUUAUUUUGAAUGCUGAAGAAAGGGAAAUUGAGCAUGCAGUUAACCACUUUGAAAAGGAAAGGCGUAAGCAGUCAAAAACGUCUACGAGAUGCACUUUGACAGUGGGAGCACCUAGCUGCACUAGCAGUAGAUCGGAUUUGAAAUUUGAUCUUGCAGAUUAUGCAAAGGAAGCAUCAACGUCAAAAAGCUUGCAGAAGAGCUCCAAAAGCGAUCGUACCAGUGCUCCGUCCCUAUUUGGAAUCAAACUUGAGAAGGCUCAAAGAAAAGAAAUUUUUGGUGAUGGCAAAGCGAAACAGAACUUUAUUGCACCGACAUUCAUCAAAAGUUUAAGAAGUAUCACUGCGACUGAAAAUAACUUCGCUAGUAUAGAAUUAAAGCUGAUAGCGAAUCCAGAACCGCGGUUAUCCGUUUACAUGAAUGACGAACAUAUGGAGGUUGAUGAUAGAAUGCAAAUCUCAGUCACAAACGAUAAGUACUUGUAUAGUUUUGUAAUCCUUAUCGACAACAUUUCAAUAAGCGAUGCUGGGAAGAUAACGUUUAUUGCAUCCAAUGAAAAAGGCCAAGCAACGGCUGCAGUCGAUUUCGUUGUCACCAGACAGGUCUCAUCAGAAGAUGAAUUGGCUGCUGCUUACGACCCAGGGUUCUUUCAUAGAACUCCUGCAACCAUAGUUGAACCUGUGUCGAAUUGUACUGUAAAAUCUGGUGCAGAUGCAAGGUUCACUGCAAAGGUUACCGGUUACCCGCCAGCGGAACUAAUUUGGCUGAAAAAUGGGAAAGAGAUCUUUAUCGAAGAGACUUCACAAAAGUAUAGUUUGGAAUAUGAAGAUGGUAACGUUGUGAUGACUGUUCAUAAUUGCGACGUAGAAGACGAUGAUUGUUACUCGCUUUUGGUAGAAAAUGUCAACGGGGUUGAUCGAUGCUCUUUUGAACUCUUUUUAGAUUUAACAGACCUUGAAAAUUCGGGAUACGUUGGAAGUGUGAAGCGCCGACGGAAGAAGGCUAGCGAUGAUAACAUGGAAGCAACUACGGAUGAUGAGCCAGAAUCUGAAAAAAGGCCUAAAUAUCGCCGUAUGAAAAAGGUUUUCAGUAGAGAAAACAAUCUACAACAGGGAAAGAAACAGUUUACGGCACCAAGUUUCAAACAAGUCUUGGCUGAUCAAGACGUCUCUGUUGGCAGCUCGGUUGGCUUAAAAGUAUGCGCCACUGGGUUGCCACCUCCACAGCUCUUCUUUUACAAAAACGGCAAACGAAUUGUAGAUGAUGCGCUUGGAAUGAAAUACGAUGUACAUCGCGACCGUAAGGGUUCAACAGAAUGCUUGAUAAUAGAAGGGGUUACCGCACAAGAAGAAGCAGAAUAUGCAUGUCAGGCUAUAAAUAUUGCUGGAGAAGCGUGGUGUUUUUGUAAUUUAAAUGUCCAUGUAGCAUCAGAAGAGUUGCAACAAGAGCAUGAAAUUGCAGAAAAUAAGCAAAAGGAAAAACUCGUGGAAACACAAAUCGUAGAAGAGAAAGGUGAUUUUGAGCUUCAAGCAAAAGAACGUUCAGAGGACGCUUCAUUCUCUCACUAUAAUGAACUUCGCAGUGAACACACAGAACUGCUAAUCAGUAAAGAAGAAGAAGAAGAGAAACCACAAAAAAUAGAGAAACAAAAGACAAAGUCGUCUGAAAUCACAGUCACUCUGGAACUUCUCAACAAAAGUUAUGGGACUGAACUCGCAGAAUGCUCAGUUUUAUGCAAAACUUCGGAGGAAACUGAAUGGACUAUUACAAAAUCUAAAAAAGCAAAACUGCCAAGCAGCAAAGUUCAUCGUAAAACUCUUACUGAUGAAUCAGCUUUCCCCGAAACAGGAACAGUUGUCACCGAAGAAUCAACGAUGGAAACUCCCAGUUUAAUUUCACCAGAAGCAGAAAAGAAAAAGAAGAAAAACAUACCAAAAGCAUUAUUUAUACCAGUCGAAAUUAAUUCGAGAUUUGGAGACAAAAGCACUCUGCUUUCUGAGACAUCCAUCACCACUCAAGUGACGUCCCGGAUAGCAAAUGAAGAGGUGGCAGCCUUCAGCUCUCCCAGGAAACCUGAAUCUGCAAUCAUUUCCAUGAAAGUGCCUUCAGGAAAACCAACUCAACCCAUAGAAGCUUCGGCUGAACUACAAACUGAGUUCACAUUCCAAGGACACGCAACGCUGGUUCGUGAAGAAAAAGAGGAGAUAGAGGUGGUGAUAGAAAGGGAGGAGUAUGAAGAAGAAAGCGCCAUUUCGGUGAGACCAACUGAAAAAGAAGGAAUUGAAACUGUUAUCGAGAAGAAAGUAAAACCAAAGAAGAAGAAGAAGCCAGAACAGGUUAUUGAGGUUGCUGAGGAAGAAGUGGAAGAAGCUGCUGAGCUGGUCACCGAUUUCACAAUGAAACCAAACGCAGUGGCUGUGGAGGAGAAGGAGGAAAUUCCAUCAACUACAGAGUUUAUGAUGAAGCCAGAAGUUCGUGAAGAAAAAGAGGAGAUAGCGGUGGUGAUACAAAGGGAGGAGUAUGAAGAAGAAAGCGGC